UGUACGCCAACUGCCGCUGCUGUCGUGUGGACCAGGGGUUGGAAACCGCCAGGGCGAAUGUGAGCGGUUUGUGGUCUGUGUAGGCGGUAAACCAGGAAGUAACUUCCAGGAAGUAACGGAAGUGGCGCACUGCCAGGUACAGAGCCAGGAGCUCGUGAUUGAAAGUGCUGUGCUUCGUCGGGGUGCGGUUGAGGUGCCGGCUGAAGAAGGCCAGGGGCCGCCAACCACUGUCCGUCAGUUGUUCCAGCACAGCACCAACCGCUGACUCCGAGGCGUCCACCGUAAGGGCAGUCGGGACAUCUUCCUGCGGGUGCACCAGCAGUACGGCCCGAGCAAGGGCCUCCUUCACGCCGUCAAAUGUUAGUCCACUCGACGACCAUACGCCAACCCGCCAGAAGUUGUUGAUGCAGCGGCCGCAUGAUGUGGGCCGUGGAUGGCACAAAACGAUGAUAAAAUUCCACCAUCCCGACAAACUCCUGCAGGCCGCGCACAAUGUAUGGACGGGGAAACCUAAAGAUGGCGUCGACCCUGUCCGGCAGGGGAACCGUGCCUUGCGAAGUCACGCGGUGGCCGAGGAAGUCGAUGUCGGUUACCCCAAAACGGUACUUGCCGAGGUUGACAGCCAAGCCAUGCUCACUGAGCCGCUGACAGAGCUGCCGGAGGUGGGCACAAUGCUCCUGCCGCGAGCGGCUGGCCACCAGGAUGUCGUUGAGGUACACAGAAACAAACUCGAGGCCGUGUCACACCCUGUCCAUCAACCGUUGGAAUGCCUGCGCAGCGUUCUUAAGGCCGAAUGGCAUCCGCACGAACUCGUACAGCCCGAACGGCGAGAUGAUUGCCGUCUUGGGUACAUCCUCCAGGUGGACCGGGAUCUGGUUAUAACCUCGUACCAGAUCCGCUUUGGAGCAUAUAGUAGCCCCGGCCAAAUGGGCGUUGAAGUCCUGGAUGUGGGGUACGGGGUAUCUGUCUGCGGUUGUUGCAGCAUUCAGCUGCCGAUAAUCCCCGCAAGGUCGCCAGCCCCCGCUUCCCUUUGGGACCAUGUGGAGAGGAGACGCCCAUGGGCUGUUUGAAGGGCGGACGAUCCCCAAGGACUCCAUCGUGCGGAACUCCUGCCGUGCCAGACAUAGCUUAUCCGGCGGCAGUCGGCGUGCUCGUGCGUGGAGAGGUGGUCCGGUAGAUUGUAUGAAAUGAACGACCCCAUGACUGAGGGUCGAUGACAGAAACUGUGGGUUGUAAGCGGAUGUAGGCCGGCAGCAGGUAGGAGUAUUCAAACAUCAAACAUGGCGUGUGCCCGUCCAGGAGCGUGGCCACCUCGUUCAGGAGGCUUGAUAACCGCCGGUCGCCUAGGCUCUCCAUAUGAAGGAGCCUGGCAGCACUCUCCAUCCGGCUGAGCCCAUAAAUCUGGAGCAGGAGCUCCUUAAGGCUGAGGUAUUUCGCUGUGGCUGGGGGGGCUGCCAGGAACUGUGUGACCUCUCCGGCCGUGUCCUGGUCGAGGGCCCCCACCAGGUAGUAGUAGCGGGUGUCAUCUGCUGUAAUGCCCCGCAGCUGGAAUUGGGCCUCCGCCUGCUGAAACCAGAUGUGCGGCCGGGUGGUCCAGAAGGUGGGUAACUUCACCGAGACCGCGUCGAGAGAUAGGGCCGGAUAAGCCUUUGAGGUGGAUGGACGGGCGGUUGUCUCCAUCAUGAUGAUAAUGGAGCGUCAGGGUUCACCAAUGUGGGGCGAAAGUCCUGAAAAGAAGGCGAGGAGCCAGGUGCUUCGGGAGGUACAUUUAAUAGUAUUCUUCUUGUCAUCAGAGAAGUCCGCAAGAGGAAGAUGUCACCCAAACCCUUGCCUUUUAUCCCUCUAGCAAAUGGCCGCUUCUGGACUCGACCAUUCCCGUGCCGAGGGGUUUGAUAGUUGGGAUGGCUCGACUUUUACUUUCUUCAAGUUAAAGGUGUAACCAUGGGCAGCGCCUUGGCCCCAGCAAUGCAUUUAUUUUUAUUGGUUAUAAUCAAACAGACCUUAUUCCAAGCAUACACUAGCACAAUGGUUCCACUCUUUCUCCACUGUAUCAGGACUGCCUCCUGCAACCAUACAUAACUUGCUGAUUUCAUUAACUUUAUCAGUAACUUCCACACUGUCCUCAAAUUCAUUUGUAAUACUUCUGACAUCGCUCUCCCCUUUCUUGAUCUCUCAGUAUCCAUUAGGGGACAGAUAAUCGACAGACAUCAACUACAAACACACUGACUCCCACCAACUUUACAUCAUCCCACCCUGCCCCUAACAAAGACGCCAUCCCCUAUGCUCAAUUUCACCAUCUCUAGCAUCUGCUCUCAAGAUGAGGCUUUCCACUCGAGGACAUCCUCUUUCUUUAACAAACAUGGUUUU